UUGACGUUUGAUGUCGCUGGUCAGCUGAUUGCGGCUCGAGGGCUUGUGUGCUAGCUGAGUUAGCUUCGCCUAGCUGGAUGUUUGUUUUGGUGGAUGCUGCUGCACAGGCGGCCUUUGACGUAGGACACCCCGUCGUUUAGCCCGCAGUCAGGUUCCCCCUGUGUCUAUCGGUGUCCGGCUGUUUUUGCUCUCCCGGUUUUCGGCGCUGCCGCUGCUGAUGGAAUUCAAACAAACUGCAAUGGCGACUCCCGGUCCGAACAGCUCGAGCCCCGCGGGCAGCGCGACCCCCGGAGCCGCGGCGCAGCACCACUUCCAGAGCCAGCACAUCACCACCAUGAGCCCGGUGCCCGAGUCCAACACGUGCUGGAGAUGUCAGAGUGAAACAGGGUUUCAGAUAAACCUGUCUGGAGCUCCCCCAAGUAAACGUAAAGCCCUGAAGUUGAAUUUUGCCAAUCCUCCAAUCAAACCUACCACCAGAUUUACACUGAAUACAGCGGGACCGCCGUUUCAGAACCCGCACAUAGAGCGACUGAGAACGCACAGUAUCGAGUCAUCUGGGAAGUUGAAGAUCUCCCCGGAGCAGCACUGGGACUUCACAGCUGAGGAUCUCAAAGAUCUGGGCGAGAUUGGGCGAGGAGCUUAUGGCUCAGUCAACAAGAUGGUGCACAAGCCGAGCAACCAGAUCAUGGCGGUCAAGAGAAUUCGAUCAACAGUUGAUGAAAAGGAACAGAAGCAGCUGCUCAUGGAUUUGGACGUGGUCAUGAGGAGCAGCGACUGUCCUUACAUCGUGCAGUUUUACGGCGCUCUCUUUAGAGAGGGUGACUGUUGGAUUUGUAUGGAACUUAUGGCUACCUCGUUAGACAAAUUCUACAAAUUUGUAUAUUGGUCAUUAGAUGAUGUGAUUCCAGAAGAAAUAUUAGGAAAAAUAACAUUAGCUACUGUGAAAGCACUUAACCACUUAAAAGAAAACUUGAAAAUAAUACACCGAGACAUAAAACCGUCAAACAUCCUCCUGGACAGGAACGGCAACAUAAAGCUGUGUGACUUUGGCAUCAGUGGGCAGCUGGUGGACUCAAUCGCCAAAACCAGAGAUGCUGGGUGCAGACCGUACAUGGCACCGGAGAGAAUAGACCCGAGUGCGUCACGGCAAGGCUAUGAUGUCCGCUCUGACGUUUGGAGUUUGGGAAUCACACUGUAUGAGCUGGCCACGGGGCGAUUUCCCUACCCUAAGUGGAACAGUGUGUUUGACCAGCUGACCCAAGUGGUUCGAGGAGAUCCACCACAACUCAGCAACUCGGAUGAGAGGCGCUUCUCUCCCAAAUUCAUCGCCUUUGUCAACGUGUGCCUCACGAAGGAUGAGUCCAAAAGGCCAAAGUACAAAGAGCUGCUGAAAGACCCUUUCAUUCAGAUGUACGAGGAGCGCUUGGUCGACGUAGCCGGUUACGUUUGCAGGAUCCUGGAUCAGAUGCCGUCUUCCCCCAGCUCACCGAUGUAUAUGGACUGAUAGGACA